AUGGAAAAAAUUAUAAGUUUAAUAAAAGGCUUGAAAAACACAUCGAAGGAAUCCCUACUCUUGAUCAGCUUGAUUUGUUCGGUUAUAGUAGGCGGAAUAUUUUUCGUUACCGAAUUAGAUUUGGGGCCUCGAAUUAAUAGAUUUAUAGCUCUACCGGGACAGCUGUUUGUAGCCAUCUUAAAUUUCAUCUCUAUCCCCCUCAUUUUUAUCAAUCUAUUAGUAAGUUUGGGAAGAUUUACCACGAAAUUUUCGGGAAAGCUUUCGUUAUGGCUUUUACUUUGGUGCUUAAUAUCUAGUUUCAUGGUAUGCCUAUUUUCUCUGGUCUACAACAUAAUUUUAUCCCCGGCUUAUUCGUUGAACCCUAUGGCCAAACCGCCCGAAAUCACUCAUGAUUGGGUAGUGGCUGAUAUUUUCUACGAUAUAUUCCGAAAUCUCGUCCCUGAUCAUUGUAUAACGCUCUUUUUCAAGCAAUUUAAAACUGACGUGAAAAAGAAGAAAAUAUAUGUAAACGCCACUCAAGCUAUGGUGGAAAGCGUCGAAAUUUUGAACAGUUCUAUUGCGAGGCCAAAUUUAUUCGGUAUCUUAGCUGUAGCCAUGAUGUUUGGAAUAACUUUAGCGACUUUUAAGGAGAAAGCUAAACCGUUAAUCGAUAUACUCAUAGCUGCUAACGUUAUGCUCAUGGAAAUGGCCGAAUAUAUAAUGUGGAUUUCUCCGAUCGGUAACUUUUGCCUCAUAAUCGAAAAAGUUAUGGCACAUAGUAAGGAGAUAAAAUUUUACGCCUGGGAUAUCUUCAUGGCACUUGUCCUGAAUAUAAGUGGUUUAUUGAUAGUGUCCACAUUCGGAAUGUGCACUGUGUAUUUUGUGUACGCGCAUCGUAAUCCGAUUCCUUUAUUUAAAAACUCGAGGGAAUCUAUCGUUACCGCUUUAACCACGGCAUCCAGCUCCUCGUGUUUACCAUACACUAUCAAGGCCUGCAUCAAUUCAGGGGUCAAUUCCAAAAUAUCUCAAUUUGCCUGCACUUUUGGAAAUAUUCUUAAUAAAAAUGGAACAUCCUUUUUUAUCGUAAGCGUGGCGUGUUUCGCUUCCAAAAAAAGUGGACGUUCUUUGUCGAUAAAUCAAAUCGUCACGAUAUGUUUAGCUUCAACUGCUAUAAGUAUGGGAACCGCCGGAAUUCCAUUCGCCGGUAUAACAGCUGCGACAAUCGUCAUGGAAGUCUCUUUACUGCCUAGAGCGGCUAUAGAUAGUAUAAUUGUGAUAGAUUGGCUACUGUAA